AUGGCGCAAACAAAACAUUACGUUCGAGAUAUUCAGAUUAUUGGAUUUCCUGGGUUCCCUCGGAAGGUGUCCAUAAAUGAAGUCCAAGAUUUUUCUGUAGUUCUCGGACAUGGAAAAAGCUCCUUGACGAGAGCAAUUGCUUUUGUCUUGCUAGAUGACAAAAUAAUCGAGAAAGAUCAGACUUUCUACGGUAAUCUGAAGGAUUAUGGAAUGUCUGUACGCGUAUCGGUAUCCAGUUCUAGCGGAGACAACAUCAUAUUUGAAAGGCGAAUUUCUGCAAUGCAAUACCCCAAACGCAACCAGAGCUUUUUCCUAAAUGGGCAAAAACAGGACUUGUACCUCAAGCACCCUUUCUCCAACCAAUUGCCGCUGUCCGCCGAAAAUCUCACUGAUUUCAUCAAAGAAGAAGCAAUGGAUAACGACUUAAAGAAUGCUCUGCAAGCUUUAUCGACACGGUUUCCAGAUACUGAAGCAAAAGAUCUCGUUCAUUUGGCUCAUUUGGAAAAUGCCGACCGGUCCAAUUUGAGCGAGGAGUUACAAGAAAAAGUGAAGGAAUUCAAUCGGAUAAUUGGUGCUCUACAUGCCGUAACAGCGCAGAGAAACCUUCAAAUACUUCUGGCAUUGAGAACAGAUGAGAAAAUCAAGAAUGCUCAUGUUAUUAACAUGAACAAUAGCGACUUAUAUCCAAACCAUUAA